AUGUUUGAUGUAGUUGAUGAUGAACUAAAACAAGAAGACAAAAUUUGUAUUGACAGUAACUCUAAGCAAGAUGAGAGAACUGACAAUAAAGAAUCUGGUAAAAUUGAUGAUACUGAACCCAAACCCAAAGACAAAGUUACCUCCGACAAAAUAUCUAAGCAAGAUGAAAGAACUGAUAAUAAAGAACCUGGUAAAAUUGAUGAUACUGAAUCAAAACCCGGAGACAAAUUUUUCUCUGAAAAAAAAUCUAAACAAGAAGAUGGAAUAGACAGUAAAGAAUCUGAUAAAAUUGAUGAUACUAAAAAAAACAUCGAAGGUAAAGUUACUCCUGAUAAAACAACUGAGCAAGAAAACGAUCAAGAGUCUGGAAAAAUUAAUGGUGAACUGAAACCCGAAGACAAAAUAUGUAUUGAUAAUAAAUCUAGGAUGGAGGAUGGCCCACCGCCUGCUCUAAAAAUGUACAACGUAAUCAACGUGAACAACGAAUCUUGGGAAAGUAGUGGUAAACUUUCAAUUAAACAAGAAAUGUGGAUUGACAAUGAAGAAUCUGGUGGAAGAAAUAAUGAAAUGUUACUUGAAGACGAAACGUGUAUGAACAAUAUAGCGGAUUCAGAAUACGGACAUCUACCAACAACUAUUGAUGAGAAAAAUGCCGGUGAAAUGUGGUCAUGUAACUCUAGAACAUUGGCGAUGCCUGUAAAUAGUAGAAAGCGUUGCCAAAACCAAAACGACGGUUUGGAUGACAGUGAACAAUAUCUUUUGAAGAAAAUUAAAGUUGAGGAUACUAGUGAUGAUCAGUUUCAAGAGAUGUGGGAAUAUCUUCAAUACGACUUCACAAAUUUCAACCAAUGGGUCAACAUAUUAUAUAUAGUUGAUGACCAAAAUAUUGAAGUAAACGCAAGAAUGGCUUACUCUAGAUUUUUAGAACUAUAUCCACUUUGUUACGGUUAUUGGAGGAAAUAUGCGAAUUUUGAAAAGAGAAAUAAUAACAUACAUGAGUUUGAAAAAGUGUUGGAAAAUGCUUUAAGCGCCAUACCUGUAAGUGUUGAUUUGUGGAUUUAUUACAUGACAUAUCUGACAACGGAACGUUACGACGAAGAGCACCAUAUUCGUAAUGAGUUCGAAAGAAGUUUGAGAAUGUGUGGACUUGACUAUAGAUCUGAUCAGUUAUGGCAUGAUUACAUAUCAUGGGAAGUGGAGAAAAAUGAAAUAUUUAAUGCAGCUAACAUAUACUAUCGUCUUCUUCGUAUACCAACUUCAAACUAUACAAAAAAUUUCUUCAAAUUUCAAGAGUUUAUAUUCCAAACACUACCUGAAAAAUAUUUAAGUAUUUCAGAAUAUCUCGAAAAACGAAAUAUGAUAAUUCAAUCAUUUAGAAUAAACCAUAAUAGAGAGUCGUCGAAUUAUGAUUCUAUACCACCCGGUGUAGAUUUUCAAGAGGAAACUGAAAUUACCGAAGAAAACAUACUGUCCAAAUUUAGAGUUGAAAUUAUUGAUGAAUGGUGCGAUGUUCACAAGCAAACUGCCAUAGAAUUUGAAAGUCGGAAGAUAUUUGAGGAAAAUAUACGAAGACCUCACUUCCAUGUAAAUGAGUUGGAGUCUGCUCAGAUAAUAAAUUGGGAAAAUUAUAUUAAGUUCGAGAAAAAAGCCGGGAAUCAUGAACGCAUAAUUUUUCUCUACGAAAGGUGCUUGAUAACGUGUGCCUUAAACGAAAGAUUAUGGUUAAAUUAUUUGGAAUAUUUGUCUUUUGUAAAUUUUGAUGUUACUAUUUUAUUAUCUGAUGUAUUUAAAAGAUCAUUAUUCUAUCAUCCAAAGUCACUUCAAUUGAAUUUGAAAUAUUUUGAUUUUUGCGAAACCCAGGGUUGGGAGGAAACAGCUAUUGACACAAUAACACAAUUAGUGACCACUCAUCCAGACUCAAGGGAAGUUGUUAUUAAAACAAUAAAUUUAGCUAGAAAAAAGAAAGAUGGUACUCUAGGGAUUUUAUAUAAACAUCAUUUAAAUUGUUCUCGAUCAAAGUCUCUAUCCAGUUACAUUGCGGUAAAAUAUGCACGUUUUGUUUGGAAACAUGACCGUCAAUUAAACCUUGCUCUUGAUAUUUUAUAUGAUACCAUAACAAAUAACGUCAUCAGUGUAAAUGAUAGCAUUGAACUUUAUUUAACACUAGUGGACCUGAAAAUGGAAAUAAAUCCAGAAGACCAACUAUCAGUAUUAAAAACGAUUGAUGACAUAAUAUUGCAAUGUAAUUUAUAUAAGGAAAAACUUGUGUUUUCAAAAAAAAAAUUAGAAUACUUAGAAGAUUAUAUUCAAGAUUAUGAUAUGUUACGUUUGGCAAAAAUUGAACACAAAAAUUUAAGAAAUGCAAGCUUUAUGGAGAAAAAACAGUUAUUGAAUAAUACAAUGUAGAAAUUAUAGA